GUCAAAAACAAGUCGUCUCACGUGACUUCGUGACGUACAGUCCUCCUCUCUGAUGCAGGGGGGUUUCCAUCAUGGCGUCCAUGCAGAAAAGGCUACAAAAGGAAUUAUUAGCCCUGCAAAAUGAUCCACCCCCAGGAAUGACGCUUAAUGAAAAAAGUGUACAGAACACCAUAACACAGUGGAUUGUAGACAUGGAGGGAGCACCCGGCACACUGUAUGAAGGAGAGAAAUUUCAGCUGCUAUUCAAAUUUAGUAGUCGAUAUCCUUUUGAUUCACCUCAGGUAAUGUUCACAGGAGAGAAUAUACCUGUCCACCCUCAUGUGUAUAGUAACGGUCACAUCUGUCUAUCUAUUCUAACGGAAGACUGGUCACCAGCCCUCUCAGUGCAAUCAGUUUGUCUUAGCAUUAUCAGCAUGUUGUCCAGCUGCAAAGAAAAGAGACGACCGCCUGAUAACUCCUUUUAUGUAAGAACGUGUAACAAAAAUCCAAAGAAGACAAAAUGGUGGUAUCAUGAUGAUACAUGCUAAUGUACAAACUUUAUAAUAAUCGUAGAAGAAAGAAGUCCUACUGACCUUCGUAAAGCACUUUUUAAUCAUUCAGUCUUUGAACUCUGACGUUUGACUGGAACAAUGGACACCACGCGCUGGAGGCUCUUGACUGCAUUCCCCCCCAGCCAACCCACCCCCCCUCCCCCCCCGACGGUUGGAUGCAUGUUUUAGGCGGUUGUAACAUAUAAAGAGCGACAGUAGUGGAACAUAAAGAUGCACCCGAGAUGGAUUGUUAUUUUUGGUCAAAGAGGUAGUCAAUGCAGCGAAGCAGGCGAGGUGGAUUUGUGGCGAGAUAAUUAUACUUCCUGUUUUAAGAUUAUUAUGUUUAUGUGUGGGUGCAUUUAAAGGUCCUUGUGUUGUGCAAUAAGAAGUGAUGGAUGCAUGCUUGGGCCUACGAAGAGAAAUCCAAAUCUGAUUGUUUUUCCGGAAAGGAUCUGACCAUCAUAACCCCCAAGAAAAUGCUUCAUCUGUUUGUUUUUUCAAUUAUAUGCACUGUGAAAGUAUCUAGUUUAAAAACAAGGCACUAGUAGUAUGAUAUUCCCAACUUGCAGUUCUUCUGUAAGCAGUCCUCCACUUAUAUAUCAGGUUUGAGGGGUUUUAGUUUGCAACACUGUAUCAAGAGAAAAACACACCUGUCUUGUUCACCUUCCAACUCGAGUCCUGGCUGCACUUCCUGCUGCUGUUGGCGAGAAUGUCGGUACCAAUGGGAAUAAACCAGACGUGAAGACAGAUGUUUUUCAGUUGAGUACAUCACCUCGUAGAAAAAGGGGCUGAACUUGUGCAGCGUUCACAAGUCCACCUUUGAAGAUGUGCUGCGGCCUCUCCUUCAUUUUUACGAAUGUCCGUUAUGAGAACGUCGUCGCACAACCCAUUUUUAUUUUAUUUGUAUGCUAGUUCAGUUUUUAAAUUUCAUGCUUUAAUCUUCUGAAACAUUUGAUUUUAAUGUCUUGAGUUGUUUGUUUUUUUUGUACUGCUUUUCAACUAGCUCAUACUGAUAUUGAAAGGAGGAGGGGGGGGGGUCUGUUUUGAUGGGUCAGUAUGUUUUUUGUAUUUAUUUUUUAUUUUUGAAUUACAAUCUUUGUUCUUGAGAAACGGUAACGAAUGACUAAAAGAAGUGUCUUUACAGGAGUGGUAAAGAUGAGGCUUUCGGUAUUCCCCCUGGUCAGAGUUUUGGCUCAGGUACUUUUUUCAAUAUAGAGCUCACCUCUUAAAAGAUACCUAUCAGAUAUUUUGAAUUUAACUAUAUUUUCACCAAAAGAGACUGUUAUGUUAUAACAUUAUAACAUGUCUGAAACUAUUGUACAUAAGUCUUGAAUUGUUGGAUGAUGUGAAAGAAAUUAGCAGAGGAUGCAUUGACUCUAUAGCAGAAUGAUAAUAGGAGUGCUUUAUUUCAUUGGAUGUUAGGCUGCAUCUUUUGCUAAUUACGACGUGUACAGACGGCGACAAACACCACUGCUGGUUAAAAAUAGAAAAAAAAAGGUUACGUAGUUUUACAGUGGGGGUGCAUGCGAUUUUAAACCCUACUUUUUCUUAUUGGCAUCAGACAUUGUGAGAACUUUUGAGUCUUUCCAUAAGUUAGGUUCUGGUUUAUUGGAUGGAUUUUUACAGAGCUCACCUCCAGAGGCUUUGUGGCUCGUAGUCAUUUUUUUUUUCACACUGUAAUCGCUCCAUUCCUAAACAAAUGUUUUAUCGCCAUCCAGUCAGAGAUACUUGAAUUUUCCAUCUUGGUUUGUUUGUAUUGCGUUUUGCUUUUUCCAGGGUCUAGGUGAAUUUCUUGAAUGAACAUGAGUGAAUGUGAUGAUACUCUAUACUGUAGAGGAGAUUACCACAGCACACCGCUAUCUCAAAAACUAUAUUGAUAACUUAAAGACAUCUAUUUAACCAAUGAUUUUUUUUUUUUUUUUAAUAGCUUGUAAUGGUCUUGUCUGCUGUCACUGUACUAGAAGAAAAAGACGGUAGAAUUGAAAUGAUUGUGUAAAUGCAGUCACAACAGCAUUUUGUGUGGAAACGAGAAGCCUUCACUCAGUGGCUCGGUAGAGAUUUGAAACACAUGCAAGGGAAUAUGUUACAAGGGUUUGGAUGUGACUUUUUUUUUUUGUUCCUAGGUUUUUCUUUUCCUUUUUAAAUGUGGUUUGAACUCUUAGCUUGCAGGUUGUUGUGAGUGAUCAACACUAAUGAGGGUGUGUUAUUUAUAUUCAAAAUUUUGUUCUGGGAUGUGCAAGCUCCAUGUAAUAGGUGCCUGUUCAUUUUCAUAAUCAAUAAUAAAAGCAAAGAUUCACUUUUAUUCAA